UCCUUCGCGGGCACAGUACUCGCUCACCGUCUCAUUCUGUCUCGUUAAUUGUUCCCUUACCUUCCAUUCUCUGAACCACAAUCAGGUUUCGCCAUCUUUGCAGUUUCUUCAUUUUUCAUCCAAACGGUUCAUUUAUUGCCCUCUUGGGUUUUAUUCGUGUUCAUGAUGUCCCUAAAACCCCUGGGAGCCUUUAAAUUGGUUUGAAAAUGGGUGACUUCAAGCCCUUCUCAGAAUCGGGUUCGGCCUCAGUUUCACUGUCAAUUAGCGAAACAGUUAAUGGGUCGCACCAAUUUAUCAUAAAGGGGUAUUCUUUGGCCAAAGGGAUGGGUGCUGGGAGGUAUAUAACGAGCGACACAUUUAGUGUUGGUGGCUACGAUUGGGCAAUUUAUUUCUACCCUGAUGGGAAGAACCCAGAGGAUAAUUCCAUGUAUGUUUCGGUUUUUAUAGCCUUGGCGAGCGAGGGAACUGAUGUCAGGGCUUUGUUCAAGUUGACUUUGGUUGACCAGAGUGGGAAAGGCAACGAUAAAGUCCAUAGUCAUUUUGAUCGCCCGUUGGAGAGUGGACCUUAUACGUUGAAGUAUAGAGGCAGCAUGUGGGGUUACAAGCGUUUUUUCAGAAGAACAGCAUUGGAAACUUCUGAGUAUCUGAAAGAUGAUUGCCUUGUCAUGCAUUGCACUGUUGGUGUUGUGAGAACUCGUUUUGAGGGAGCUAAGCAGAGUGUUAUCGUACUACAACAUGGUAUGGGAGAGGAUUUUAAGGGAUUGUUAGAAUCUGAAAUUGGUUGUGACAUAGUUUUUAAAGUUGGGAAUGAAAGCUUCAAAGCUCAUAAGUUGAUACUUGCUGCCCGAUCUCCUGUCUUUAGAGCUCAGUUUUUUGGACUUGUUGGGGAUCCCAGCAGGGAUGAAGUGGUAUUAGAGGAUAUUGAGCCUUUUAUCUUCAAGGCAAUGCUUCUCUUCAUCUAUACAGAUAAACUUCCUGACAUCCAUGAGGUCAUGGGCUCAAUACCUGCAUGCUCGCACACUGUCAUGGUGCAACAUCUAUUGGCCGCUGCUGAUCUGUAUAAUCUUGAUCGGCUGAAAGUGUUAUGCGAAUCAAUUUUAUGUGAAGAAAUCAAUACUAACACUGUAGCAACAUCACUUGCACUGGCUGAGCAACAUCACUGCCCGCAGCUUAAGGCCUCUUGUUUAAAAUUUGUUGCAAAUCCAGCAAAUUUAGGAGUGGUAAUGCAGUCUGAAGCCUUCAUGCACUUGAAGGAGAGCUGCCCUUCAAUGUUGUCGGAGUUGCUGGAGGCAUUUGCAUUGGUGGAAGAUACAUUGAGCAGGAAGAGGAGUAGCAGUAGCAUAUACGGGCAAGAUGUAACAGAUGGGAUGGCCGAAGCAUCGACUAAUCCGAGUGGCAGGCAUGUCAGGAGGCGAAUGUAGAGUGCCGUUUGGAUUCACAGUCCUGUAAGUUGAUGUAAGAUGAUUUCCUUGAUUUGAAACUGCCUGUCCGUACAAGUGCUUCAUAGCUGUUCUUUUUUAUCCAUUGCAUAAUUUUGACCUUAGCUUGUCAAUGUGCACAUUUCACCAGUGGCUGCACUGGAGAGCAGCUUCAAUGAUAGCAUGUAUACUAGGCUUUAUGAUGUUAAUGAAUCGUAAAUAGCUUAUGUUUCAUAACUUUGGUUUGUAUUCGGAUAUUGUCAAUGCAAUUGGUUAUGGCCGUCUCAACAAAAAAAUUUUCAUCCGCGAUGA